CUCACACACACACACACACACACACACACACAGCUGUAGUGAUUGUUGUUGUUAUUAAUGUCUCUGUUCUUGUGUUCAGGGGUCUGUUUUCUCACACUGGAUCCAAACACAGCAAACACUGAACUCAGUCUGUCUGAGGAGAACAGAAAGGUGACGCAUGUGAGAGAGAAUCAGCUGUAUCCUGAUCAUCCAGACAGAUUUAAUGUGUGUCGUCAGGUGUUGUGUAGAGAGAGUGUGUGUGGACGCUGUUACUGGGAGAUUGAGUGGAGUGGAUAUGUGUGUAUAUCAGUGUCAUAUACGAGCAUCAGCAGGAAGGGACGGGAUGUUGAGUGUGAGUUUGGACGUAAUGAUCAGUCCUGGAGUUUGUUCUGCUCUUCCUCCGGUUACUCAUUCAGACACAAUAACAAACACACUAUUCUCUCUGUGAAGCCCAUCAGCAGCAGCAGGAGAAUAGGAGUGUUUGUGGAUCACAGUGCAGGAACUCUGUCCUUCUACAGCGUCUCUGACACAAUGAGCCUCAUCCACACAGUCCAGACCGCAUUCACUCAGCCGCUCUAUCCUGGGUUUGCUGUUUAUUAUGGAUCAUCAGUGAAACUGUGUUGA